AUGUCCUUCCAGAAGAAGGACCUGUCGGAUACUAGAGUUAUGGGGGGGAACUCGGGAAAAGGCGAUGCCAAACACAAUGGCUCGACUAUCAAUUCGCAGAACAGCUUUCGAACCGACAGUGCUAUCUCCUCGUCUCGCCCCGGUCGUGAACGACCCUUGCAGCCCUGGGUUGGGCCAAGCAACUCGGAUGGCCUCGACUUGAGCUUGGAAAAGCCUAGCGGCGACGCUCCGUGGGAUCAGUUUGCUGCUAACGAGCGUCAGUUUGGUAUCAAAACGACAUACGAUGAAAAUAUCUACACCACCGCGAUUGAUAAAAGCCACCCACAGUAUAAGGAGAGGGUAGCUGCCGCAGAGAAAAAGGCGAGAGAGAUCGAGCGGAGUACCGCCGCUACAGCCCAUGUGGCCGAGGAGAGAGUUAUGGAUCAUGUUGGCGGCGAUGAUGCAGGAGGCAACGAAGAGGAAAAGUACAGCGGUGUCAAACGACAAGAUUUCCCUCCUUUGCCUAGUAGCCGCGAGCCCAAGUAUACACCCCCAGCUAGACGAGCACCAACUGCCGCGUCAACUGUGAAGGGUGCACCAGUCGACCCUGCUAUCAUAUCGUCACAGCUGAAGGCACAGAAGAACCAACCCGCCCUUCCCAAGCAGGAUGAUAGCAAAGUCCGCCCGAGCCCUAAGGCUGAAAUACCUUCGGUGUCUUCUGCUAAACCUGGAGAGCCUAAAUUGGAUAGUAAAAAUGAGGCGCAACAGAAGCCCGUGGAAAACAAACCAGCAAACCAGAACGCCGCCCAGCUGCGACCGUCCGCUGCUACUAGCCGAACUAUCUCGCCUCAGACGAAGGAUGGCCAGGGCGUCGCGCCUAGUGCCGCUUUAACUGUCGAACGAGAUGUUCUUAAAGAGUUCAAGACAUUUGCUAACCUGCAGCGCAUAAAUGCUGAGAAGGCCCGAAGCAACAAGGCGAAGGCCGAUAAAGAGGUGAAAUUAAUCGAGCUAAAGAAAUUUGCCGAUAAUUUCAAGUUGCCAACACCUGUCCCUAUGGAUUUAAUAUCUAUCAUUGCUAAGGAUCCGGCGAAGCAACGAGAGAUCCAAGAGAAGGCCAAGCGGGAUGCAGCUGAGGUCGCGAGAAGAAAGGCCGAGGAGGCUGCCGCAAAGGAGAAGAAGGGGACCACAGCUAAGGAAGCUCAGGCCCCCGCAACUGUUCAAGCGCCUCCCGAUAGUAGAAACGGCCGUCCUUCCGCGAACCCCCCAACCGCAGCUCCGGCAGCAGUUCCGCGUCACCAGGGUAACAGCCGUCAGAGCUUUAUCCCGCCCGCAUAUCCCUACCAAGGAAAUCGCUCAGGUCCUCAGCAUAUGCAGCAAUCCGGCCGCCAGGGUGGGUUGGCCGGGCGUCUUCGGUCUCUAGACGCGCAAAAAGCGCAAGGUCAGGAUGUUAGGUUACCUCCGACUGGCCCUGCUAACCCGGCUGAUCCUUCUUUCGGUCGUCGUAUCGGUGGUCAUAUAGGUCAGAAGUUGAAUCCGAACAGUCACGAGUUCCGACCUAAUGCGUUUGCGCCUGCUUUUAACCCGAAUGGGCACCCCAGCGCAGGCUCAAGCCCGCGUUCGGCUAUUAAUCAUGCAACCGAUGCACAAACCAAUGCUGCCAAUAUUCAUACUGCACUUGUGGUUGUAACUAAGAAGAGAAAGUUAGUCGAUUCCAAGAAAUGUGCUAUAUUGCCUUUCGUCAAGACCAUUCAACCUCCGGAGAACAAAAACUGGAACGAAAAUGAUGGGCUUCGUCCCUCUUACGAUACUCCGCCAACCUGGCGUUCUGCAACAGACGACGAAAAGCCGGAUUCAACAAUGCGCUUGACGUUUGAUGAAUAUUUUGAACGGCAGCCGUUCAAUACGCAACCUACUCCCAACCCUCCCCAUCUACUACCGCAACUAGCCCAUCAACAUCAAUUACCUCUACACAUGCAGCACUUCGCACACCCUGCUGCACCACGGCACUCGCCUCAUGUACCUCCGGUGCAAAUACAUGCUAAUCACGGCCCUGUUCCUCACGCACCGUUCAAUGGAGCAGACGAUCAUAGAAUGAUGCACUCGAACUCAUCACAGUCCUACUCGUCUCCAAGAAUGAGCCAGGUUCCGCUCGUAUACCCACCUAACAUGAAUUCGGCAGGUCAAAUGCCUUAUAACCAACACAUGAUACCUUCUUUUAUUGGCCCCGGAGCGCCACCGAUGAACCAGUUCAAUCGGAGCUUCUCUAAUUCCCCACAAUACGUCCCUCAGCAGCCGGGAGCAAUGGGUGCCCCGAUGAUGAUGCAGCCACAGUUCAUGCCACAACCAAUGGUAAACGGCCCUCCGCAGCUGCAACCUUACCCUGGUGCUGGCCAUCUACAAUUUAUACCUCCCGGCGCAACUCCCCCUCAGCCAAUGCCUGGUGUCAAUGGUUAUCCAAGCCCAGGAAGGCCUGCAGCCCCUCUAAUGGUCCAUCAAGGAUCACAGCAAGGACAGCCCAUCUAUAAUAUGAGCCCUAGCGUGCAGUAUCAGCAGCCGGCAACAUUUGUACCACAGCAGCAAGGACAGAGUAACAAGUUAGCUAAUAUACUAGGGGUAGUGAAUUCCAUGCGAGGAUAUAGUAACCCCGGCCCGGGACAACAUCUCGGCACAAGCCCACAGCAGAUGCAUCAGUACGGGCCCCCGCACCGCAAUGGAAGUAACAACUUCAAGAACUACCAAGGCCACAACCAACACCAAGGUCCUCAAGGUAGCCACGCAAUCCCGUCAGGGCCCCAGGGACGAUCUUCGGAUGGUCCUGACGAAGCCAAGUGA